CCCCUCAUACCCCGUCCCUUUCACUCCCUCGUACCCCGUUCCGUAUAGCCCCGGUGCAGCUGUGAGAGAUCUCACUGCAUUUGAUAGGGCCCCGUUGGCCUCCCCUGCUACCCCGCAGUCCCGCUCCCUCUUCCAUUUCCUGCAGAGCAUUCCGGAUUGCUCCAGAGGCUCCUCCUCUUCUGCUACUGCUGCUGCCAACACAUCGGGAGCAGGGGUUUUUGCUCCUUCCCAUCCUGCCGCCGCCGCCGCCGCUGCUGCUGCUGCUGCUGCUGCUGGCACUGCUGGUACUGGUGCUGCCUCUCUGCCUGGUUAUGGUUCCCUUCUUAGCUCUGCGUAUAAUGGUGCUACCACUGAUGCUGCUGCUGCAGCGUCUACCCCUGAUGUUUUUGCUGUUCCUUCUCUCCCAGCCCACUCUGCCUCAGCAUCUGCCCAGGUAACAGGGUUACCAGCAGGCAUCACACCUCCAGCCAGCACCAAUGCUGAUGCUGCAGCAUUUGCUGACAGAGAGAAGGGUGUGAAGGGGUUUCGAGAGCCAAUUUCGCCACGGCCUGCUGUACCUGCUUUCGCUGCCUCUGGCGCCACUUCUACCACCGCCCCUGUUACUGCUGCACCUUCUGGUAGUGGUGCUGCAGGUAAUAGCACUGCAUCUUUUCCCCCCGGUUGCUCGAAAUCGCUCAUGCCUCCCCCACCGCCUCGUAUGCUCGUUCCCAAGACCCGCAGUCAGGGGCAAACAGGCGACCUUCCGUUCCUGCCUGAGGAGCGUGAGAGGAAUGAGAAAGCUCGUUUGAGUGCUGGGGGGAAGGAGGAGGAGCAGCAGAAGGGGAGGGUGGAAGAGGUUGAGAAAGGGGCAGGAGAGGAGAAGAGAGGGGAUGGGACAGAGGAAAGGGAGGAUAUGGAAGUUGAGGUGAAAGGGAGUGUGCCUUCAGAGCUUGGCAAGCAGCAAGAAGCAGCAACAGGAGGAUUAUCAGCAGCAGCAGCAGCAGCAGCAGGAGCAGCAACAGUAGCAGCAGCAGCAGCAGCAGCAGCAUCAACGGCAGCAGCAAAGUCAGACUCCCCUCCCACGCCAGUUUCACCUGCUCGCAACACCAGUGCUGCUUCGGUUUCUCAGACUCGUUCAGCCGUUGCAGAUAUCAUAGCAGUGAUGCUGGAGUGCUUACACCACCACUCUUUUCCCUCUCCCCCCGCCUUUUCCCUGCCGUUUGUGCCAUUUGUUCAGAUUCAACCAGAUGCUCCGCCCCUUGACCCCCCAGGCACCCUAGUGGAUCCCUCUCCACCGCAUCACCACGAGCAAAAAGAGGGUACGAUUCACAACCAGCAGCAACAAGAGGAGCAAGGCAAGCCAGGAGGUCUGCACAAGUGGCUUUCACUUGACAUCAAAGACUCGACAAAAGCUAAACCACCUUAG